AUGAGCUCCAACGAGAUUGCCGCACCGCAACAGGAGCACCGAGCUGCCAUCUCGAGGCUGUUCGGCGACCCCCGCUGGACCGACCUGGAGGUUCACUGCGGCCGUCAGAUCUGGAAAGUUCACCGCAUCGUCGUAUGCUCGCAGAGCACGUUCUUUGAGAGAGCCGUGGAAGGGGGCUUCGCCGAGGCCACCACAGGUGUGGUAAAUCUCGUUGAAGACGACGCCUUCGCGGUUCAGGCGUUGCUUCAGUACUUCUACUCGGGCGAUUACCUGUGGCAACCAACUUUCAGCUCGCCGGACGGAGUUGAAAACAAUCCGGGCCCACUCGCGUUCGCAGUUGCCGUUCACACGAUCGCCGAGAAGUAUGAGGUCAGGCCUCUCAUGUCGCUCGCAAUGGCCAAGUCCAAAGCGCUGAUAGGCACCAACUGGCAACGCGCAGACUUCGUGGACGCGGUCGAAGCGAUCUACGAAAUUCCACCAGAGAAGACUAAGGAGAUGCGAGAGCGACUGGUGGAGAUCGUCAGCAAAAACUACCGUGCGUUCAAGGACGGAAAGGCCUUUGCCAACUGUCAAGCGGUCUUCGAAUUUGCACCCUUUGUCGCGGAGGUUCUCGAUUCCCGGAUGGGCAUGCGCACGAUGCCCGCUGGGUUCACGUUGUACGUGUGCCCGUCUGUGAACUGUCGGAAGUGGACUAUCAUGCAAACUAUGAGGGACGAGACAGUGCGGAAGCAUUGCCCUCACUGUGGUGGACUUUGGUUCAACACACCAUUGUCCGGAUGGCUAAGGGGCUGA